ACCAUGCCGCUCACGAAAGCAAGAAGAGCAGUCAAGAGAUCAGCUUCCGCCAGAGCCGGAGGCGGCAGAUCCAUGUCCAUGGCCCCUCCGCCCGGGCCACCGCCGCUGCCUCCCGGGGUCUACUUCAACCCGACGCACGCGGAGAGCAUAGCGUUCCUCAACCGGUGGAUCGCCGGCGACGACAAGAUGCCCGACGCGCGGGGGUUCAUCUUCCACGCCGACAUGUACGCCGACGACCCCUACGCGCUGGAGCAGCUACACCCGCCGGCCAGCGACCGUGACGGCAAGCAGACGUGGUGGUUCCUCGGCGAGUCCAAGUUCCAGAGCCCGUUCAGCACUACGUCACGCCGCGCCAGUGCCCCACCGAUGCCGACCAGACGGAUGUCUACGACUGCGAGGAGGACGGCGUGACGGCGA